AUGCAUCUGAUGUGCAGAGGACAAGGACAACCAGUUGGUAAGUCUGCUAGCUUGCCAGAAAUGUCAACACAACUUCAUCACCGCUCAGAUGUAAGCCCUAACUACUCUGUUUCCUGUGUAGUCAUACUAGAUGCCCCCACUGGUAUGUCCUCUGACAUCUGGUUCCAUGUACAAGAGAACAUUGCACUGCUAACCAAGGUAAGGAGAAAUACAGUACAUCGUCCAGGCAACUCUGUUAAUGAUUCAACCGUUUUAGAAGGGUUUUAUUUUUGCUGGUACAAACAAAUUGAUGGUCUACAUUCCCUGACCAGAAGAUGAUUGUGUACGAUAUGAUUGGAACCAGGACAAUUUCGCAAUGUUUUUGUGACAACUGCUGAUGUGAAAAAGGCUUAAAAAAUACAUUUGAUUGAUUGAUGUUCCCAUUUUCCCACCCACAGGUGUGUACUUAUGACAGAGUGGGACUGGGGUUCAGCAAAAGAGUCCUGCAGAAUGAAAGUACAGGGACGGAGAAAGUCUGGGGGAUGUCAACCACUGGACGGUAAGCAUCUUGUUUUUCUCUGUCCUGUCAUUUUACAGUUUUACUUAUCAAUGCUUGCCCCAGAAUACCAAAAUGAAGCAGUUAUAGGCUACUAUUCUAUUGUGCAAAUUUGCAUCCUCUACAUCUUGUUUUUCAUGCAUUGUUAAUGUAAAGUGUGACCUAAUAGUCUACUACUACAGUCAAAGUAAUAGGUGUUUGAUGCAAGUUAUUCUAAAGCACUGAUUCUCAACAAGCACACACACCAUUCCCUAUCAGAUGUAGUAUUCCCCUUGGCUCAGUGCCAUGUGGGGCCACCUCAUGGAUUGUCCAAUCAGAGACAUCUGGGUCCACUGCAUUACGCCAUUGCCACUCCAUCUCCCUGCCCUGUCCGUGACCCUCCCCUAAUCUCUCUGGCUGACAAAGUAACGUGUUGUUAAGCAUUAAAUCUGACUGAGUGAUGGGUGGAUGUCAUUGUGGUUGUAUGCAGACGGUCAGGUCAGCAGUCUCUGCUACCUUGGGAGCUGGCCCGGGCUAACAGCAGAGCAGGCAGGCAGGCAGCCGCCCUCUUCUGAUACAAGCAAUCAAUUACCCAGAAUUCAAUAAGCUGGCAAGCUGAGGGUUUGAUGACUGCAUGCCUCUCUUCUCCCUGCUGCUGCAGUGAAACCUCUUCAUCCCAGCCCCAGCCUCUUCCCUCCUCUCCUAUGUUGAUUUAUUAGUGUAAGAAACACAACAGAUGGGCGUCUGUGAGGAGCUGUAUUUCACCUGAUGAUGAUGCUCCCUCUCUCUCUUUUUCCUUCGGAUGAUUUUCUGUUGUAUCUAUCCUGCUUUACAAGGCAAAGUAGCCAGGUGCUUCUUCCACUAGGCUACUUUACAUUGGCUGAUUUCAAGGGUUUCAAUGGCAGUGUUUCUCUUGUUAUGGUGUAGCUGCUAUUUUAGAGGUUGAUGUGUUUUACUGGAAAAGCCCUUUGUGACAGCUGUUGCUUUCCCCCCUACAGAAUGGUGGACAAUCUCCACCGCCUCAUCAAGUUAGCUGGUCUAGCCACGCCUCUCAUCCUGGUGGGGUCUGAACUGGGCACGCUCAAUGCCAGGUUCUACAGCCACAUCCAUGACGGGUGAGUCUCCCUGCCCACCUAGAAACGGAAUCUCAAUGGAAAAUAUAGGCUAACUCGUUUCUUGUUGCCAAACUUGCCACAAGUCAAAAUAUAUUGAGAUUGCUUAGAGUGAUAGGCUCACUCCAAAAGUUGGUCGAUAAGUUUAUAUCUCAAAAGUGGUUGUGUAAAUUCAGCUUUAUGCCUCCAUUCCAAAUGAAUGGGAAAGAUUUGCACAGUUUUUGACAAACUUUGGGGAUUCUCAAGUUCUCUUCCCCCGUUUGAGUUCCAUCCUAUUCCCUUGCUACACAUUAUUGACUACAGUAACUCCAAUACCUCAAAAGUAUCAUCACGAUCUGUAGCUAGACUCAGCACUGCAUCAAACCCAGGGACAUCAUAAUUCUCUACCCCCAUCCACACCAACCCCCAUUACUGAGAAACCUAGUGAUUAACACGACCAGGGAGGGAUCAGCCUCCCACUCCCGCCCCGAGGUGAGAGAUUUAGCGUUUCAUCAGUGUGAUGAGCAGCAGUUAAAUUAAGCGAUGGUGAGAGGAUGACACCUGCAGAAUAAAAUCUAUUCCCCCCCUGGAUGUGGUGAUGGGGUGUGGACCAAUCCAUCUGUCUGCCAGUGGGCCAGGAGCAGUCAGACAGACAGGCGGGACAGAGCCAUCCUUCUCACACUCAUUAUGGACAGGACAGGACAGGACAGGGAGGGUAUAGGGGACGGGUCAGAAUGGACACUAGAGGCCCGCUUCAUCACUGUUUCUUUCUUUCUUUCUUUCUCUCUCUUUUUCUCACUGUGUCCUCUCUCUCUCUCUCUCUCUCUCUCUCUCUCUCUCUCUCUCUCUCUCUCUCUCUCUCUCUCUCUCUCUCUCCUCUCUCUCUCUCUCUCUCUCUCUCUCUCUCUCUCUCUCUCUCUCUCUCUCUCUCUCUCUCUCUCCCUCUCCCUCUCCCUCUCCCUCUCCCUCUCCCUCCCGUCCUCAGGCAGGUGUCAGACCUUGUCCUUAUUGAUCCCAUUCCAGAGGACAUCUUUGAGGAGGACCAGUGGCAGAAGUACUGGUAA